AUGACUCUAAGAAUUCCUAUUCCAGAAACACUCAAAGAAGGAAAUGUUAAGCUUUCAGUUUACGUUAAAGAUGACAGCAAUCAAAAGUCUAAUGAAAUAACUUUCAACUUCAAUCUUAUUGAUGAUCGCACAAAACCAACACCAGAAGAGAAACCUCCAGUACCAGAACCAGAAAAACAAGAUCCUUCAAGUUCAAGCUCUGCGAAAAAUGCCGACAAAGAAGAAGAAGAAAUAGCUCCAGAAAAUCAAUAUAAUGGAACUGGAAAGAAGGGUAACGCGGGUUUAAUUGCAGGCGUUGUUGUCGGCGUUUUGGCUGUCAUAAUUAUUGCUGCCGUUAUUGUAGUAUUGAUUAUAAAGAAGAAGAACAAGGAUGCACAAGAAUCAGAUCGUGCCGAAGAAGAUGAGAUCGAAAUGGAAGAAACACAAACACAAGUAUCUGAAGUUGAAACAGCAACAGUUGAUAAUCCACUUUAUUCGACAGGUUUGACAAACCCAGGAGAAAUCGAUGUUUUCGAUGAUGGAUUUGAAGAAUCAGACUCAGGAAACAAAGUAUAA